AUGUUCCGACGUACAUUCUGGCGCUACUCCCCUGACUGUCGGGAGAACAUCAUUCGUAUCUUUACAGAGAUGGCAGAUCUCAACAAUGCCCUUGGUGAGAAGUACAAGGUGCAGAGCUAUAACCGUGCUGUGCAGAGUCUAAAGACCAACCUUGAUCUCCCACUCGGCACCGUGCAGGAUCUUGAGAAGUUCCCUGGAUUUGGCGCCAAACUAUUAAAGAAGGCAGAGGAGAUCAUCACUACCGGUAAACUGGAGGAACUGGAAAAGAAAACAAAACCAAAGCUGAAGGCUAUUCAGGAACUCACACAAGUGCACGGCUUUGGACCACGCGCCGCCGCCGCUCUCUUUGACCGCGAGGGUAUUUUUACAGUGGAGGAACUCAUGGAAAAGGCGGAUCGUAUUCAACUCACCGACCAACAACGCGUUGGGGUUCGUUACUUUCAUGAUAUUAAUGAAAAGAUCCCCAUGCAUGAAUCCGUCCUGCAUGAGAACUUCCUCCGCGACUCUGUAAAGGAACGAUUGGGGGAUGUGUAUGAAAUUCAAAUCUGUGGAAGUUAUCGCCGCCGCCAUCCAUUCAGUGGAGAUGUGGAUGCCAUUCUCGCCCGCCGCCUCACCGCACCGCCGCUGCCGGGGCCCGUCACCGCCACAGGUGUGUUGGGGACCUUUGUCGAACACCUACAACAACUCAAAUACCUCGAGGCCACAAUGGCACAAGGGCCAUUAAAGUAUAUGGGAAUGGGAAGACUUCCACCACGCACCACAAAUGGGACAACGAAACAGUAUAAAGCCAGACGUGUGGAUAUUCGUCUCAUUGAGGCGAAAUCGGUUCCCACCGCACUUCUUACAUUUACAGGGAGUAAAAAUUUUAACGUUAUUAUGCGCCAGGCGGCUAUCAGUAAGGGAUACUUAUUAAAUGAGUAUGGUCUCUUCAAGCUUGGCAGUCCAGAGGAGGUGAAGGCGCUGCAGGAACGCGUGCGGGCCAGCAAGACGGCCGGUGGGAAAUCAGCCGCCGCUGCGGAUGCCGCUGCGGAGACCCCAGAGGAAGGCGCAGAUGGAUUUAUCUCAUCUAUUAGUGGUCACUCGGCCAAGAUGGAGAUGUUGGGACUCACAAAGGAGGAAUUGGAGGUGAAGCGGGUACAUGUGACGUGUGAGAAGGAUGUCUUUGAUGUGUUGGGUAUGCCGUUUGCGAAACCGGAGAACCGUGACCCGUAA